AUGCAUCUCUUCAACAACAAAAUGGUUCGGUCCUUUGAGAAGCUAAGAGAAGAAGAGAUAAAAGUAUUGACAAAGAAGCUAGAAGAAGCAUGUUCAUCUUCUUCAUCAGUAAAUCUAAGGAAACUACUUAUGACUCUUACCAACGAUAUCAUGUGCAGAAUCAUCUUGGGAAGAAAAUACAACAGCGAGGAAGGUGGAAUUGAUAUCAAGAACUUAGUAGUGACAUUACAUGAGUGCUUUGGCAAAUUCUUUGUCGGAGAUUUUAUUCCCAGCUUGGCAUGGAUAGACAGGAUCAGUGGCGUAGAUGAUAAAAUGGAAGACAUAAAUAAUAAGUUAAAUGGAUUUUUAGACAGCGUGGUGCAAGAACAUGCCGAUCGCGAAGAGCCAUCAGAUUUUGUUGAUAUGUUGCUAUCGAUUCAAAAAGAUCAAACCAAACGAUUUGGACUUGACAGAGGUGACAUAAUACUCAUCCUCAAGGAUAUGUUUUUUGCAGGAACAUUAACAAAUUCCUCAGUACUAGAAUGGACAAUGGCAGAACUUAUGAGGCAUCCAGAGUGUAUGAAGAAACUUCAAGAUGAGAUUAAUACAGUGUCGGCGCAUAACUCAAAUGUAACGGAGAAAGAAGUUGAAAAAAUGGACUAUUUACAAUGUGUGAUCAAGGAGGGGCUACGGCUGCAUCCCGCUGCUCCAUUAUUGUCAAGGAUAUCUACUGAAGACAUCCAAUUAAAGGGAUAUGAUAUUGCUGCAGGGACAAUGGUUCUAAUCAAUGCUUCAUCAAUUCUUCGAAACCCUACUAUAUGGGGACAUGAUGCAGAGGAAUUUAAACCGGAGAGGCAUUUUGGUUCGAAUUCGGACUUUAUUGGUAAUGAUUCAAAGUUCCUUCCAUUUGGAGCGGGAAGAAGAGUUUGCCCCGGACUGGGAUUUUCUAUUGUCUUGUCCAAAUUAACACUAGCCAACCUUGUGAAACGGUUCAACUGGAGAGUCACGGUCGGACCAGGGGAAGAUGAUAAGCCUGAUCUAGCUGAAGCCUCGUCUGGUAUUGAUGUUCGCCGAAAGUUUCCUCUCAUUGUCUUUCCAUCACUUGUGCACGCAUGA